ACGGCCGCCGGGUGCCUGGCGGGUUGGCCCGAUUUCGAGCUGUCAUCCGGGGCUGAAGCGUCAGCCUCCGCCCUGAGAUGUCAUCUGGAAACGGCGCUGGGUGGCAGCAGUUGCUUCUGAUGAAGCUUUGCAAGGCCUUCUGUGCGGUCAGCGCGCCAGAAACACGCUCUUCUGCACCCAUCCUAAACCAAGGGUUGUGACGUUCUUUUUUAGAGAUCUGUCACUGUUAAUUAAACACAAUUGGAUGUGUUCUGGAGUAUUUAAUCUAGAACGUACACACCUUCACUUCAAAGAAAAGUUGUCAAAUAAUUCCCUUAGAAACUUUACAGUCUACCCACAUAAUAAAAUAAAUUUCAAGGCAGACACUGAAAGAGAUGUCAGAAGAUUCAGAAGAGGAAGACUACUCAGACAGAAGUAUCAGCGAUGAGGAUGAAUCGGAUGAAGAUACAUUCAUGAAAUUUAUAAGUGAUGAUAUUCAUCAGUGUACACUACUAGCAGCUGAUUCCAUUGGGGACCCAUUCUUCCCUCGGACUACACAAAUUUUGUUGGAGUAUCAGCUAGGAAGAUGGGUACCACGCCUUCGUGAACCACGAGAUUUAUAUGGUGUUUCUUCCUCUGGUCCACUAAGCCCAACACGGUGGCCAUACCAUUGUGAGGUGGUUGAUGAAAAAGUCCAGCAUAUUGAGUGGACUCCUUUUUUUCCUGAACCAGUAUAUGUCCCAACAGGCCAUGAAAUAGAACCUGUUUACCCUAACUCCAAGGAGGAUGCUGUGGUUUAUCUAGCUGAAGAUGCUUACAAAGAGCCCUGUUUUGUGUAUUCCCGAGUUGGGGGUAACCGAACGCCAUUGAAACAACCUGUGGAUGACUGCGACAACACCUUGGUGUUUGAAGCAAGGUUUGAGAGUGGUAAUCUACAGAAGGUAGUCAAAGUGGCAGAUUAUGAAUACCAGUUGACUGUGCGCCCAGACCUCUUCACAAAUAAGCAUACUCAGUGGUACUAUUUCCAGGUCACUAAUACCCAAGCAGAGAUACUCUACAGAUUUACUAUUGUCAACUUCACCAAGCCUGCUAGUCUUUACAAUCGGGGUAUGAGGCCACUGUUCUAUUCUGAGAAAGAGGCCAAGGCCCAUAACAUUGGCUGGCAGAGAAUAGGAGACCAAAUUAAGUACUAUAAAAACAAUCAUGGGCAAGAUGGACGCCAUUUUUUUUCUCUUACAUGGACGUUUCAGUUUCCACACAACAAGGACACUUGCUACUUUGCUCACUGCUACCCAUACACUUACACCAACCUUCAAGAAUACCUCUCAGGCAUCAACAGUGACCCUGUAAGAUCAAAGUUUUGUAAAAUACGUGUCUUGUGCCACACACUUGCUAGGAAUAUGGUGUAUGUCUUGACAAUAACUACUCCCUUGAAGAACGGUGACUCAAGAAAGCGCAAGGCUGUGAUUUUGACUGCAAGGGUCCAUCCAGGAGAGACCAACAGCUCUUGGAUCAUGAAAGGCUUCCUAGAUUAUAUUUUAGGAGACUCGAGUGAUGCACAGUUGCUUCGGGACACUUUCAUCUUCAAGGUGGUACCCAUGCUGAAUCCAGAUGGUGUGAUUGUGGGAAAUUAUCGAUGUUCCUUAGCUGGACGGGAUUUAAACCGUAAUUACACAUCUCUCCUGAAGGAAUCGUUCCCUUCUGUUUGGUAUACAAGAAACAUGAUCCAUAGGUUAAUGGAGAAACGAGAGGUCAUUUUAUAUUGUGAUCUUCAUGGCCAUAGUAGGAAACAGAACAUCUUCAUGUAUGGCUGUGAUAGUAGCAGAUCUAAAGCCAAAGGAUUAUACUUACAGCAGCGAAUCUUUCCACUCAUUCUGAGCAAAAAUUGCCCAAAUCAAUUUUCCUUCUCAGCUUGCAAGUUUAAUGUUCAGAAGAGCAAAGAGGGGACAGGAAGGGUUGUCAUGUGGAAGAUGGGCAUCAGGAACAGCUUCACACUGGAAGCCACCUUCUGCGGAUCUACUCUGGGCAACAAACGAGGCACUCAUUUCAGCACGAAAGACUUGGAGUCAAUGGGCUACCAUUUCUGUGACUCUCUGUUGGACUACUGUGAUCCUGACCGGAGCAAGUAUUACCAGUGCCUGAAAGAAUUAGAAGAAAUGGAAAAACAUAUGAACUUGGAAAGAGUAUUUGAUAAUCCAGACGCUCCUCUAGUAGAAAUUUCAAUGGAUGUAGAGUCUAGUAGUCGAGGCUCUGAUAGUUCAGAUUCUAAUGACAGUCAGACUUAUCUUCUCAAGUUGACCUCUCAGGUGAAAAACAAGAAAAAGUGUCUAAAAACAAAGAGGGAAAGAAAUGCCACCCUAGCAAUCCGCCAGAAUAACAUAAGAGAGGUUUAUGGUAAAGAACAUUUACUCCAAAGAUACGAAGAAUCAAAUUCUAAUGUGAAAGGAGCUCAUCCUCUAACCAGGAAAGAAAAGCAAGUAAGCAAGCACUGUGUUGCAGAUCCAAGGCCAAGCGUACCGGAUGUUUACGUGGCUCAUUGUUUCAGAAGACCACUGCCUAAUCAAGGCUUGGUGAAAAUUCCUGGACAAAGCUUUUAUCCCCGAAAAACGCGUUCAAGCUUCCGACGUAUGAAUCAGAGUCAUAACAAAGGAAAAAGAACAUAUAUUUUAGAAACGUGUAAGAGUACACUCCCGGAAGAAGUUCAGACCAAAAGAAUUAAUAUGUAUGAAAGUUGUUUCAAAGUGGCAUCCUUGAAAUGUCCUAGGAACAAACACACUUCAAAUUGGAUUGAGAAGACAAGGAUACCAACAGAGUCACAUCAUGAAUUGAAAAUCAAAGCAAAAAAUUGCACAUCUUUCAAGAGGACUGGCACUAACUGGACAGAUGAUGAAAAAAGAAUUUACAGGGAUAAAAGAAUAGCUCAAACUCAGGAGAUAUUACAGUACCUACUCCCUAUCGUGGACUCCUCUAAAAACACGAAAGCUACUCAAGUGAAAGACCUAUUCAAUCCAAGAGGCAACUUGCAGCAGCAUCAGUAAGUCAAUGGCAUUUGUCAUGCUUGCCUGUGUAGUGCUGGGUCACACCCAGGACCUGUGUAUGCUGUGCAGACGCUCCACCUCCAAGCCAGCCCUAGCCCAUUCC